AUGGCACUUUUAAACGGCACCAGUAAUGUAUCAGCCAACUCGACGCCUAUCUGGCAGCACUAUCAAACUGAUCUCCGAAUCUGGAGCGCUUUAAUUAUCUCAUCCAGCACUGCCGGUACAGUCUUCGGCGUACUCCUAAUCAUCUGCAUCCUCACGUCGCAACAGCGCUCAAAGUCCUCACCACUCUUGGUCAGUCUGUUGGCGGCCGCCACGGGCCACUGUGCCAUGGGGAUCCCCUUCAUCGCCCUAUCGUACGAAGGCAGCCCAAUCAGUCAACCCGUCAGUGACCGUUUCUGCACCGUGGCCGUUGGGUUCUUCGUGGGACUGACCACGUGGGUGGACUGGGCGGAUCUGAUGAUCAGCGUCAACCGUUUCAUCGCCAUCUGCCAUCCGCACAUUUACACACGCGCCACCACCAACGGGAUCCGCUUCACCAUGACCUUUCUGUCUCCGGUUGUGGCGGUGAUCUUGGUCGUUAUGCAAAUGGGUCAGUGGGCGGGUACGUCCAUGCGGGCGGGGGCGUGGCGUUCCUGUAGUAUGCUGUACCGAACGUAUCUGUGGUCCGGUGCGUAUACGAUGGUCUCUUUCGUGGUGCCGCUUCUUCUGUCGUUUCUUUGCUACAUCUGCAUCUUUCUGGUGAUUGCGCGCCGUCAAUGGCGGCGCGAUACACAGAAGAACCGGAGAAGACAGCAGCAACGCUAUCGUAGUAUGUAUGUCUUCUUCGUGGCGCUGGUGUCGUAUAGCAGCUGCACGUUGCCCGGCCCUGUCAUGUCCAUGUUCGCCAUGUUCCAAUUUGUUGUCCAUCCGUUUCUGCAGCUGACACUGCGGGUGGUCAGUCUCUGUGGAGUGGCUUCGAUACCGAUAAUUUACUUUGUUCUGCGCCCGGAUUAUCGCCAGCAGCUGUACAAAGUCUGGAGAAAACUGGUGGACAAAAGGAAGAAGAACUCAGCGCGGGUGGAACCGAGUCAAGGCAUACCGAAUUCGUCCAAUAAUGAAACGGAGCCCCGUACAUUCUGA